CAGCAGCACAUCAAGAGCUUCUUCGGGGAGAAGGUGAAGCGGGUGCUGUUCGUUCCCUACGCCCUGCACGACCGAGAUGCCUACGCCCGGACCGCGAGGGAGAAGUUUGAAAGCUUGGGUUAUAGGCUGGACAGCAUUCAUGAAUCUUGUGAUCCAGUGGAAGCUGUAAGGAAAUCUGAAGCAAUAUUUAUUGGAGGUGGGAACACAUUCCGUCUCCUGAAGGCUCUCUAUGACAACAGUCUGAUACAGGAGAUCAGGAAAAGAGUUCUUGAGGAUGGGAUUCCUUACAUGGGAUCCAGCGCAGGAACUAAUGUUGCCACCAUCAGCAUCAAUACUACCAAUGACAUGCCAAUUGUUUAUCCACCUUCCCUGCAGGCCCUAGGUUUAGUUCCUUUUAAUAUUAACCCCCACUACCUGGACCCAGACGUUAAAAGUACUCACAUGGGUGAGACAAGAGAGGAAAGAAUUCGCCAGUAUCAUGAAGAACCAAACACCCCUCCAGUUCUGGGCUUGCGGGAAGGUGCGAUGCUGCUAGUGGAAGGAGACAAAGCCACCUUGCAAGGAGUGACAGGAGCACGUCUGUUUUUGAGGGGUAAGAAACCAACUGAACAUGAGCCUGGAACAGAUUUCAGUUUUCUCCUGAUUGACAGUAAUCUCCAGAAUCUGUAGCCUUGCAUAUUCUUCAGCAAAAAUCACUAUAUGGGAAGAGAAUGAGGAGGAAGGAAAGAGAUGCUUCUAGUCUCAGGGUGGGUGAGAAGAGGAGAACCUUAGCUUUGUAACGGAAGAUAAAUACGCAUUA